AUGCGCGUCGCCCCCGUUCCCCACCCCCGCGCCCUUUCCCGCGUCCGCGUCCGCGCCCGCGCGCGGCUCUCCCGCGCGCCGUCCGCACCGCCGGUGACGACGACGACGACCGAGCGCACGCUCUCCACGGGACACAUUCUCAUCGCCACCGUCGAGACCUCUCGCGUCGACACCCGCGCGCGAACGACGGCCACGCUCACGCUCCGUGACGACGCGAACGCGCCGGCGCGUGGAGCGUUUCACUGGGCGACGACGCGACGCGGUCGGGACGGAUGGACGCCGAGACCGCGCGCGGGGGACGACGAUUCGACGGAUACGGAUGCGGCGGAGGAAUAUGAUUUCGGUGAUGGCGUCGCGACGCGGAGCGCGUUCGGGAUGGAUGGAACGCUGACGAUGCGCGUGGACGUCGACGCGGGGGAUGCGGUGGAUGGGGGGGUGGAGGCGAUCGUGGGGAUCGUGGUGUUGGACGGCGAGACGUGGGCGCGCGCGGAUGACGGAGACGUCGUCGUCUGGGCUCGAGGACGGGAGACGGCGAACGGAUCGACGUUGGAUGUCGCGCUGCGACGGGCGAGUGAUCUCGAGGGGGGGGAUGUGAAUUUGUUCAAUCGUUUCUGCGCCGUGGAUGAUUGUCUGGAUGACGCGUUGGCGCGCGGACCGGAGGGCGCGGCGGCGAUCUUCGCGUGGCUUCGACUGAGCGCGCUCAGGCAGUUGCACUGGUACGCCGGGAAUAAUUAUCAAGGGAAAGACAUGGCGAGUAAACAGGAACGCCUGGCGUGGCGCGUCGCGCGCGCCGCGACGACGACGGCGGAUCCGGUGAGCAGGGGAUUAAUGCGCGCGUCUCUCGCGUUUCUCCCGCGCGGCGGUGGGAACGGGGACGACAUUCGCAUGGGCAUCUUGAACAUCUUGCGUCAACACGGCAUCAAGGAGGGACAUCGACCCGGGAUCGAGGACCCGUUCCUCUCGCAGUGGCAUCAAAAGCUGCACUCGAACACGACCCCGGACGACGUGAAGAUUUGCGAGGCGUACCUCCACUUCUUACACACCGGGAACUGGGACGAGUUCUGGGCCCAUCUGUGGAACAACGGCGGGCUCACGCGCGAAGAUUUGGCGGGAAUGAAGGCGGGGUGGCGCUCGGACGGCAUUCACGGCCCGGCGCUGCACAUGCCGCACAUGAUUGAUUCUUUCAAGCAUUACCUAUGGAUUUUGAAGACGACACACGGCGGUGGCGACGUGGACAGCGCGAUGAACUUUGCAAGGGACGGACUUCCGGGAGACGUCGCGUGGGAGGUGGACGACUUACUGCGAAAUCGUGACGCGUGGUGGGUGCCGGGAAAAAUUGUAGAGAUUCGCAAGCGACUCCUCGACGUCUGGCAGCACGACAACCCGAAUCGCGACGUCGUCAUGCUCGACGCGUCGUUGGAGAAGUUUUUCCGAACCAAAGUGGAGGCGAUAGACCACGGAGCGAUGUCAUCGGACGAUUUGCUCUCGCUCCUUGAGCUGUCGCUCACGAACGUGGCGCUCACGAACGAGUCGCCGAGAAUCGCGAGCGCGCUCACCUUCGUGCAGCGCUCCAUGGGCGGCGAGCGUUGGACCGAGGAGUGGUCGAAGACCAUGGACGCCGCCCUCGAUUUUACAGCGCUCGCCAUGGAGGGCGACAUGGACUUUGUGUGCCGAGCGACGCAGAGCGCCGCAAACGUCAUCGCGUCAAAGUCCACAAAGACGGAUUCCAAGUAUCUGAUCAACUUUGGUGAAGAAAACGUGCGCUCGCACAGUCUCUUCGUUGUCUCUCAGUUGAUCUCCAGACUUCGGCCGAUCGUUCGCAACGCUGCCGGUCGAUCGCCGUGGCAAAUCGUCAGCGUCGGCGACGCCUCGCUCGAGGCGUUCGCGGGGACGGCGAAGAUUGAGACGCUCAGCGAAAUUCAGGGUGAAGACUUUUCGUCCCAACCGAUUGUUUGUCUCACCGAAACGCUCGGAGGGCUCGAGGACAUCCCCACGGGUGUUCGAGCCGUCGUCACCAGGGCGCCGGUGGAUUUGCUCAGUCAUAUUGCCAUUCGCGCCAGGAAUACGAAUGUUCUCCUCGCAAGCGUCUCCGACGACGCCCUCUGGGGCGCCGUGCUCGAAAUGACUGGCUCAAACGUUCGCGUCGUCGUCUCGGGAGAAGAUUUGAAGAUGGAGAUAGCCAACGUCACCGAAGCGACGACGUCUCGAGCCGCCGCCGACGUCGACUCGCCGAAGAUUUCCAUCGCUCCGUAUAAGCCUUCGGAAGAGUGGUUGAUCGCGCCGAGUGCGUACGAUCGCGACGUCGUGGGAGGUAAGAGCAACAGCUUGGAAGACAUGGCGAAAGAGCUCGCGGCGAUGAACGUCGCUCACGUCGACGUUCCGGGAUCUUUUGCGCUUCCAUUCGGCACAUUCGAGCGAGUGCUUGCUGAGGACGACGAGACUCGAUUGUCCCUUGAAAUCGCCGUCGCUGCAAUCAACGCCGCGACGAGCGCGACCGCACGACGCGAAGCGCUCGAAGACGCCAGAAAUAUCAUCUCCAGUCGCCUCUUGUGCCCGAGCGGGUUGGAAGCCGCGCUCCAUGACGCUGCUACGAGCUUGUCGUCAAACGUGGAAAUGGAGCGCCUGUGGGACGCCGUCUGCGGCGUCUGGGCAUCCAAGUGGACCGAGCGCGCGUGGCUGUCCCGAAAAGCAUGCGGAAUUCCCGAUGAAGAUUUAAACGUCGCAGUGCUGCUCAUGGAACUCGUCGACGCCGAGCUCGCGUUCGUCGUGCACACGGCAAAUCCAAUCACAGGCGACUCGGAUGAAAUUUUUGGAGAAAUUUGCGUCGGACUCGGGGAGACCCUCGUCGGGAACGCAGCUGGCAGCGCGCUCAGUUUCACCAUGAGUAAGUCCACGGGUGCAAUCACCGUGCGCUCGCUACCAAGCAAGCUCUACGGUCAUUAUGCGCCAUCCGGCGGAACUAUAAUCGCUAGAAGCGAUUCCAACGGCGAGGAUUUGGAGGAUUUCGCCGGUGCCGGUCUGUACGACAGCAUCACCGCCGAGCCCACCGAGGAACGCGUGGUCGACUACGCGUCGUCGCACAUAGUGUGGGACGCGGUGGCGCGCGAAUCUGUGAUCAAACGCGUCGCCGCUAUCGCGCGAAAGAUUGCAGAGAGCAGAGGGGGACCACAAGAUAUCGAAGGCGCCAUCGUCGGUGACCGCAUCGUGCUGCUUCAAACGCGCGCGCAAAUUUGCUCAUGA